AAAUGUUUAAAAGCUUUCAAAAAAGUUGACAUGGAUUAGAUCUUGCUGUCCCCUUCAAGACGCAUUUCAUUAGAUUUUCUAUUUAUUUGAUUUUUCUUUUUGUCCCACCUAUUAUGAACUUGUCCAUCUUCUUUUGUGGAAAUUUUACAUGCAUGAAUGUGUAAAUGGUUAAGUUACAGUUUAUAUUACAAGUCGGUAGUCAACGUAAGCUUACCAUACAAAUAUUCUAGAGAUCCAAACGAAUCCAAUAAACAAAAUAGAUAUUUUAAUAUUUUGUUAUUUGCUCAUCCAUUAGGACGCCACCCACGUUCUCUGUUCCUCACCACUGUCAAAAAUGUCAGCUUAUGGCCACACUCUUCUCCUUCAGUUCAUGAACUUCUCCUCCAAUGGAAACUCAUCUCUUUCUCCUCUUUCUCUCACUCCUCCUAUUCUUAUCCAAACCCGGAUCCGGAUUCGGAUCCUCCGGCCCUAUAGCGGCCUCCUUCGGCGGCUCCUCUGCUUUCUUCUGCGCCAUUGACGCUAGCGGACGCCAAGAAGUUAUCUGCUGGGGCAAAAACUACUCAUCUCCUUCUUCUCCAUCUUCCUCCUCUUCUUCUUCAACUUCUCAAAGCUACAACAUUCCUUCCAUGGCCGUUCUCUCGGGCGGAGACGGGUUCCUCUGCGGCGUCUUGUCCAACACGUCUCAGCCCUUUUGUUUCAGUUCACUUGGAUCUUCUUCCUCCUCGGGUACGGAUCUUGUCCCUCUCUCUUACAGGACUACUGCUUACUCUCAGAUCGCUGCUGGAAACAGACAUGUCUGUGCAGUCAGAGGAGCUUACUAUUCCGACCACGACUCUGGAACCGUAGACUGUUGGGAGAUAACACGAGCUAGUAACAACACCUUUGUCGCUAAAGAGAGUCCUAACUUCUAUGAUCAGAACGUUAGUAACCUCGUCUUCAACAAGAUUGUUUCUGGUGAUGGGUUUAGCUGCGGUGGAGUUAGAGAAGGUGGGGUCCUCUGUUUUGGCCCAAAGUCUUCUACUUUAGGGCUUAACUCAACAACUUCAGACAGCUUCGAAGUGUUAUCCGCGGGAAAAACCUCUCUCUGUGCGAUCUUAAACUCAACUCGUGAGAUUAAAUGUUGGGGAGACGAGGACUCUUUUGCUAACUCACCAUCUGAUGACUCUCGCUUCGUUGCGUUAGCAUCUGGUCCCAACCAUUACUGUGGGAUCCGUGAGGAUACUCACGAGGUUGCGUGUUGGGGCAACGCUAACUUCUCGCUGAUACCUAAAGCUUCCGGCUUUAAGGCUAUUGCGUCGUCGGACUCCAUCGUUUGCGGUAUAAGAGAAGAGGAUCUCGUUCUCGACUGCUGGAUGGUUGACGGGUCGUCAACACUAGCGUACGAUCCUCCUUUAGAGCUUUGCAGUCCAGGGGUAUGUAGAGCUGGUCCUUGUGGAGAUAAAGAGUUUGCUUUCAACGCAAGCAUCCUCGACGAGCCUGACCUAACGAGUUUAUGCGUGAGGAAAGAGUUGUCUCUCUGUUCUCCUUGCGGAUCGGAUUGCUCUAAGGGGUUCUUCUUGUCGAGUUCGUGCACCGAGAACUCUGAUCGGGUAUGUACCUCGUGUUCGUUAUGUCAGAACAGUUCUUGUUCCGACAUUUGUAAGGUUCACAACCGAGAUUCUUCUUUAGACAAACAUUGGAAUCAGCUAGCUCUCAUCGUCGGCUCUUCCGCCUCGGCUCUGUUGAUCAUCAUCAUCUGUUGUUGCGUCGUGCCACGGUUUGUUACUAGUCCUAACAAAGAAGACGGUUUCAAAUCUUGCAUAGGAAAGACCGAUCUAGAAACCGAGCCACUCGAAAUGAUCGCCCCUGCUACAUCGGUAACACCCUUCGCGCAAGUGUUUAGGCUCUCCGAGCUUAAAGACGCGACCAACGGGUUCAAAGAGUUCAACGAGCUAGGCCGAGGAAGCUACGGGUUCGUCUACAAAGCCGUGUUAUCCGACGGGAGACAAGUUGCGGUUAAAAGAGCUAACGCAUCUACCAUAAUCCACACGAACGCUAGAGAGUUCGAAGCCGAGCUGGAGAUACUAUGCAACAUUAGGCAUAGCAAUAUCGUGAACCUCAUCGGUUACUCCACCGAGAUGGGAGAGAGGCUUCUUGUCUACGAGUACAUGCCUCACGGUACGCUUCACGACCAUCUCCACGGCGGGUUUUCGCCGUUGAGUUGGGGGUUAAGGGUUCGAAUCGCGUUGCAAACAGCUAAAGGGCUCGAGUAUCUUCACGUUGAAGCUGAGCCGAGGAUUGUUCACGGUGAUGUGAAGUCUUCGAACGUGCUUUUGGACUCCGAGUGGGCCGCUAGAGUUGCGGAUUUUGGGCUUCUGACGUCGUCUAACGAGAGGAGUUUGGACGUCAAGGGAGAUGUUUAUGACUUUGGGGUUGUGUUGUUGGAGAUUUUGACCGGGAGGAAGCGUUACGAUAGGGACUGUGAUCCUCCCGAGAUUGUUGAAUGGGCCAUUCCGUUGAUUAGAGAAGGCAAAGCGGCGGCGAUUUUGGAUAAGUAUAUUGCUUUGCCGAGAAAUGUGGAGCCGUUGUUGAAACUUGCUGACGUGGCGGAGUUGUGUGUACGGGAGGAUCCGAGUCAACGACCAACCAUGUCGGAACUUGUGAACUUGUUGGAUCAGUUCGCUAGAGAUGGACUGAUCUUGUAGUGUUUUUUUUUUUCGGUGCGAGUGUUUUCUAUUCUUUUAUUUCUGAAUUUCAAUUGUAUAAUAAAAUAUUCAUACAGAAUUUGUGAAAUAUAAUUAUUCAACUAGAGAAUAGUGUUGUGGAAAUAAUUAUUUUAAAAUACAUUGUACAGAUCUAACUAGAUGUUGUGGAUUUUUGGAAUCUCAGCUUUUCUCACUUUACAAAAUCACAGCUUCUUGUUCUAAAGCUUUCUGAAUGGAUUGCAAAUUAUGGAAAAGCAUUAGACUGCAAUUUUAAAAAAUUAUUUAAAUGAAUAUAUAGUUUAAUAACAAGGACUGAGAAUUUCAAGCACAUAUAGAAUCAGCAUAUAAGACCUUAAUACCAUAUGAUGUGAGAGCGGAUCAAGUUUGAAGACAGAACCGGACCACUCAAUCUCCCCCCCAAACCUCGUGUCCGUUGCGCACCUCCAGGGAAAUCUCGGCAGACCAGAGCGGAUCAAGUUAGGUUUUGACAUAUGCCUGACUAUAUAUAAUACGUAAUCUACACACGUUUAAAGGAAAUAGCAAAAAGGAAAUAAUUUUUUGAACAAAAACUAUUUUGAAUCUCAUCGGUUACUCGACCGAAAUGGGAGAGGGGCUUCUUGUCUACGAGUACAUGCCUCACGGUACGCUUCAGUCUUCACGAAUCACGAUCAUUUACAUGAGAAGAACUAGAGGAUAGUGUCCAAGGAUCUGAUCUUAAGAGUAAACAUAAGAAUAACUUGUUAUUAACGAGGCCACAACUUCUUAAAUCAGUGUUCACAUGAACUCUAUGUGUUUUCUGAUUUAGACCUAAGAUAUAUUUGACAUAUGUACACGUAACACUACAUUGGUGUUCCAAGAAGAUGUCAUUCUUCAAAUAAUAUUCAAAGACGCAUACAUUUUCAGAAAAUCCCCACAUACGAUUUUUAGAAAACAACCGUGAUGCGUCUUAUGCUUAUAAUCUUCUUUACACUUCGCAUACAUUUUCAAAAAAUCCUCACGUACAAUUUAAAAAAAACCGUGGAAGUUAUGCGUCUUAUGCUUAUAAUCUUCUUUACACUUUUGUUUUUGAGUCUGGUAUUUGCCUUAUUUGAUUUAAAUAAUAACACUACGUAUUAAAAAUGAUUGAAUAUGUAGUACAUGAGAAUUAAUCCUCUUACAUUAACACUUUGUUUUAUAUAUAACAAAUCAUAGCAGGGUUAGUUAUAAUAGUUUAAUAAAAUAUAUUUACAUUCGCAAGUUGCUAGAAAAUGGUUACCUGCACAACUUGUUGCAUCUCCCAAUACUCACUAUAUUUUAUUUGAUUAUAUUUAAACAACAUGUUAUUGUGAUGUAUAUAUAUAUUAGGGAAUUGCUUAAUGAAAAGUGUGUGCGAGUGGGUAGGUAUGCGAUUCUAUAACACUUUCUUUACUUUGAUUUCGAAUCGCACUACCUUGAUGUAGAAAUCUUUUAAAUUGAUAUAUACCUGUAAAUUAUCAGGAUUAUAAUUUCGAAAACGUCUAACUAAAACUAACAUAUAUCAAUAUGCAAGUUCACGUGAUAAUCAAGGAUUCCAUAUAUAGUUAAACUUGCUCGUCCGUACUAUCUGUCUUUCCUUAAGAUGUGUUUUAUUUUGUUGGUAUUUUGUGUGAUGCUUUUAGCUAACGGGUAAUCUCAACUUUAUAUUCAUAUUAUAAGUUUAGCUAAUAGUUUUAGAAUUUAAACAAUUUAAGAGCUCUUACUUUUCUUAAAAGCUUGUAUAGUUUUUUUUGUGGCGAAAUCAACAUAUACAAAUGAUUACUUUCAUCUUGUUAAAGCAGUAUACACCGUUCAAAGACGAGAUAACAAGUUUGAUAUGAGUUCCAAAACAUUAGUUAAUCUUUUGGACUAAUUAAGAAUAUUAUCUUGGUACAAAGUAAUAUUAUUAUAACUUUUCUAAUAAAAUAAUCUGUAGUAAUACUUUGUUGACAACAAAACUAAUUAAUUGCUAUAAAACUUAGGCAACAUGAA